GCAUCUGAAUCGGAUCUAACCCAGUUUUCAUCCACACGCAGCGCAGGCAUCAUGAGCAUCGGGUUCAGUCCCUUUCGUCCCAAUCCACAACCCUAAUUCUGCCGGAUCCUCCGAUCGGACUCCGCCGUAAUUCAAAACCCUCAACCACCGCAUUCUCUGUGUCAUAAGUAGAUUAUUGCAGUCCCAAGCAUAUGUGAUGGAAAUAGCAAAUGAUUCAGGCAUAAAGAAGCCGAAAAGGCUUACAUCCGUCGUGUGGAAUCACUUUGAAAGGAUUAGGAAGGCGGAUGUCUGCUAUGCUGUUUGCGUACACUGUAACAAGAAGCUUAGUGGGUCGAGUAACAGCGGAACUACUCAUCUCAGAAAUCAUUUGAUCCGAUGUCUGAAGCGGGCGAACUGCGAUGUGUCUCAACUACUUACAGCAAAGAGGAGGAAAAAAGAUAACACCGUCAGUGUUGCAAAUUUUGGUUUUGAGGAAGGUCAGGGGAAGGAAGAAUACAUAAAGCCAACAACAAUCAUCAAGUUUGAGCAGGAUCAUAAGAAAGAUGAAAUCAUUAACUUUGCGGGUCGCAGAUUUGAUCCCGAGAAGAGUCAACUGGAUCUUGCAAACAUGAUCAUGUUACAUGGGUAUCCAUUGGCCAUGGUUGAACACGUGGGGUUUAAGGUCUUUGUGAAGAACCUUCAGCCUCUCUUUGAGUUUAUGCCAAAUAGUGGUAUAGAGGUUUAUUGUUUAAAAAUCUAUCAGAGGGAGAAGGAGAGAGUUUAUAACAUGAUAAACAAAUUACAUGGCAGGAUUAAUCUGUCAAUUGAACUGUGGUCUUCGGCUGACAACUCUUCACAUUUAUGUAUAGCUGCCCAUUACAUUGAUGAGGAAUGGACGUUGCAAAAGAAGGUCUUGAACUUCGUCACACUUGAUCCUUCUCAUACUGAAGACUUGCUUCCAGAAGCAAUUCUUAAAUGUCUCAGUGAAUGGGAUAUUGAGUGUAAGCUGUUUGCUGUGACCUUGGAUGAUUUUUCCAUUAAUGAUGACAUCACUGUUAGAAUCAAAGAGCAAGCGUCUGUGAAAAGACCUUUCUUAUGUACUCGUCAAUUACUUGACGUACGAUCUGCGGCACAUCUUCUAAAUUCCAUGGUUCAAGAUGCCCUAGAUGCGCUGCAUGAGGUGAUCCAAAAGAUUCGAGAGAGCAUCAGAUAUGUUAGAAGUUCACAAGUAGUACAAGGAAAAUUUAAUGAAAUUGCUCUACAAGCUGGUGUUAAUUCUCAGAAGGCCCUGCUUCUUGAUUUUCCUGGUCAGUGGAACUCAAUAUAUCUCAUGCUUGAAACGGCAUUAGAGUACAAGACUGCUUUUUCUAUCUUCCAGGAGCAAGAUCCCUCCUAUUCAUCAUUUCUAACUGAAGAAGAGUGGGAAUGGGCGACUUCAGUUACUACUUAUUUGAAACUUAUACUUGAAAUUACCAAUGUCUUUUCAGGCAAUGUGUUUCCUACAGCAAAUAUAUAUUUCCCUGAGAUCUGUGACAUCCAUAUCCAACUAAUUGACUGGUGCAGAAGUUCAGAUAACUUUCUUAGUUCCAUGGCUUUCAAAAUGAAGUCGAGGUUUGACAAGUAUUGGAGUAAGUGCAGUUUGGCUUUGGCAGUAGCAGCUAUUUUAGACCCCCGAUUUAAAAUGAAGUUGGUUGAAUACUACUACUCCCAGAUUUAUGGCAGCACUGCUUUGGAUCGCAUCAAAGAAGUUUCUGAUUCAAUCAAAGAACUUUUUAAUGCGUAUUCUGUCUGUUCAACUAUGGUUGAUCAAGGAUCAACCUUGCCUGGUAUCAGCUUACCCAGUACAAGUUAUGAUGUUAGGGAUAGACUGAAAGGCUUUGACAAGUUCCUUCACGACACAUCACAGGGUCAGAAUAUAACAUCAGACUUGGACAAGUAUUUGGAGGAACCGAUUUUUCCUCGUAACUCUGAUUUCAACAUAUUGAACUGGUGGAAAGUUCACAUGCCAAGGUACCCGAUCUUGUCUAUGAUGGCACGUGAUGUUCUUGGGACUCCAAUGUCAACAGCGGCACCAGACUUGGCAUUUAGCACUGGAGGGAGGGUGCUCGAUCCUACCCGGUCUUCAUUAAGCCCUGAUACACGUCAAGCUUUAAUAUGCACACAAGAUUGGCUCCAAAAUGAAUCAGGAGCAGAUUCAAGUUCAUCAUCAAGCCAUUAUGCCCUGCCGCUUCGUAUCGAACCAACUUAGUUUUUCCAUGACAUGCUUCUCUACAACUUGCAUCAUAUGCAGAAAUUCUCUCCGAGUCCCGUUGUUGAACACGUUGUACUUAAUUAUGGGCUAUGCUGCAAGCUUGUCAGGCUUCAUCAGGUAUAUUAUCUUUACCAUCAUGUUCUACAAUGUCAGGCUAUAUCCAAGACUAAAAGUCCUGUUCAUUCAUUCAUAUUUGUUCGGAAAUGCUCUAUUUAACUCGCGUAUAUUCUAUCACGAAGCAUUGUAUAUUAAGAACUACCAAAUUAAGUAUUGUGUAUAUAUUGACUAGAUGUUAAAUUUACAGAGCUUUUGCACAUAUCAUCAGCUAUUAAUGUACUAUCCAUUGAGAGAUGAAUCUGAAUUUGUACAGAAGAUGGCAUGCUCUUAUUUAUCCCCUUGCAUGAACUUUUUUGUGUAAGUGAGAUUUAUACGCAGAGAAUCUUAAAAUGGCAUCCAUUUAAAGUUUAAACGGUCA